UGCAAUUCUUCGGCAAAGUCCCUCAACACCACCAUGCAGCUCGUCGCUUCCCUACUGGCAUUUGGGGCUGUCGCCCAAGCCCACUAUACGCUCGUGGACGUCGGAGCCACCGGUACCGAUUUCGCCUAUGUUCGCACGCCUGUUAACCAAUACAGCCAUGCGCCCGUUGAGAACCUCAACAGCCCUCAAAUGACAUGCUACCAGCAGGGCUCGGCACCGGCACCGAAGACUUUCACCGUCGCCGCUGGUGCUCAACUUCCCAUCUACUUCAGCCAGGCGCCAUACCACCCGGGCCCGUAUCAAGUGUACAUGGCAAAGGUACCAUCGGGCCAAACUGCCGCCACAUGGCAGCCAUCCGGAGCCGUAUGGUUCAAGAUCUACUCAUCGGGGGCCACGUUUAAGGGCCCGGGAGAGGUGUUUCCUAAUUCUUGGCCGAAUCCCCUCAGCGUAACAAUCCCCAAGAACCUCCCUGCGGGCGACUACCUCGUCCGCCCCGAGCACAUCGGUCUUCACGUCCCCGGAUCGCCGCAGCUUUAUUUGGGAUGUGGUCAGGUGACUGUCACUGGCGGCGGCAGCGGCACACCUGGGCCCUUGGUUGCAUUCCCCGGCGCAUACAGCAUGAGCGAUCCGGGUCUCUCAGUCGACUUGGGCACUCAUCCGACGACUUACAAGGCCCCUGGCCCUGCCGUUUGGACCGGUUAGAGUGGUAGAUUCCCUCCCGAGAGAGUUCGUGAAUCAGAGUUGUGCUGGGUAUGUUAGGCUGGCUCACCCUUGCCCAUACGGG